CAGCAAACAACAACAACUACCACUGUAAACAAAACAACAUAUAAAAAAUCCUUUUUUUGUUACAAUUUUUGCAUUUAUUGUUUUUUCGAUUUUUAUUAAUUAAAAUUAACAAGAAAUUUAAAGGCAACAACAAAUCUAAGAUUGUUAUUAAAUGAUUUAUUAGUUAAAAAGAAUUUUUUUGUAAAAUUAAACAUUUAAAAGUGUUUUUAACAAAAUCAACAAACAGGAAUUGUUUUGUUAUCCACAAGGCAAAAAAAAAAAAGACAGGCGUCUUUUUUUUGUGUGGCAUUUUAUAAAUGGCAACCAAUUAAAAUAAUUAUUUUUUAUCUAUACCCAAACUCUAGAACAAAGGAUAAUUUGUAUUAAUUUUAUACAUUUUGUUGAAAGUAAAUCAUUACCAUGGCCUUACAAAUCAAUUCAUACGUUAACACUAUGCCACAAAAUAAUCAGCACAAUAAACAGCUUUCUCUAACUAUAAUACCCAUCACAGAAGGUGCCUUAAGCAAAAACAAUGGAAACGUAACAGAAAUGCCAACAUCAACGGCACAAAAGCCUCCAGAUUUAACAUUUCAUUGCAUGUGUUGUGAAGAGUAUUUCAUAAGUCCGUUUCUAAUGUAUGAACAUCUUAAUACUAAACAUGCUGAUUUGCCAGAACCACAAGAAUCGGAAGAGGAAUUAGAUGAUGAUAAAGAUUAUAGUUGGGUUUUUGAGCCACUGUGUGAAUUGGUGGCUCCCGAGGAGGGCGGCAUAAAUAAAGAUCUGCAGCAAAAUGAUCAACAAAAUGGAGAGCAAGAGGAGGAUGAUGAUUCUGACUCGGAUGAUUCAGAUUCAGACGAUGAUUCUAGUUCUACAAGUUCAUCGAGCUCUUCUUCAUCCUCCUCGGAUAGUUCAACCAAUACGAAUAGUAAUACAAAUACUCAAGAUGAGAUGACUAGAGAUUCUGGUUUGGUGGCUGAAAGGCCGCCAUUAACUAUGGAUGGCAAUAGCACUAUGGAGGUAAUGGAAGAGGCGGCUUAUGAAGAAGUAGAGGCUGUAUCUUUGCAUUCACAGAAUUCACAAACUAAUGCUAUACAACUAAAGGUGGCGGAUCCAAGAGAAUCAACCUCAAUAAUUCUCCUAAAUCCCGGUUUGACAGAUACUGUAAUACCUCCUUCUCUCAUGACCCAGCCAGUGAGAAGAGGAAGAGGUAGACGCAGUGCUGCCCAACAGGCAGCCAUUGAAAUGUCUUCUCUAAUAAGCGGCGAACCAAAAUGUUUUCAAUGCAGCCACUGUGAGGCCAGUUUUCCCAGUGCUGGUGAUCUGUCCAAACAUGUGCGCUGUCACAUCACCAACAAACCAUUUCAGUGUUCUAUAUGUGAAAAGACUUUUACCCAUAUUGGUAGUUUAAAUACUCACAUACGCAUUCACAGUGGUGAGAAACCUUACAAAUGUGAUUUGUGUUCCAAGGCCUUUACACAGUCCAGCAGUUUAAUGGUACAUUUACGAUCGCAUUCCAUUAAGAAACCCCAUCAGUGCCACUUGUGUGAUAAAGGUUUUGUUAACUCCACAUCUUUGGUAAUCCAUCUAAAAACUCACAAGGAUGGCGCCCGUUAUUCCUGUUCAGAAUGCGAUAAAAGUUUUAAACACGAAGCUCAACUUAAGGAACACAUGCGCAUGCACAAUCAAACGUUGGUGUAUCAGUGUUCCAUAUGCCGCAAUGCUUUUGCCAGUUCCUCGGAAUUAGUGCAACACAUGAAGUGUCAUAUGGGUGAGAAACCCUUCACCUGCUCCAUAUGUGAUCGGUCCUUUACACAAUCUGGUAGUCUUAACAUACAUAUGCGCAUACAUACCGGAGAGAAACCCUUUAAUUGCAAACUUUGCAGUAAAUCCUUUACACAGGCAUCCAGCUUAAGUGUUCACAUGAAAAUACAUUCUGGCGAGAAGCCAUUUCCCUGCCAUAUUUGUGGUAAAUCUUACAGUCAGGCAGCCUAUCUUAAUAAGCAUAUACAACAGCAUGUAGAAGCUCAAAAACAGGGUUUGGAACCGGCCUGUCCGGUACCCAAUGAAACUUUGUUGUGUAUUGUUUGUGGAGAACUGCAUCAGGACGCGACUUCUUUGGCCUUGCAUGUAACGCAAAGGCAUGCAGCUCUCCUGCACAACAUGAAGGAAAAUCAACAAACCAAUAAUACAGAAGAAAUCAGCGAAGAGGAGCGCAUACAACAGGAGCAACAAUACUUACAGCAGGUGCAAUUGUUAAUGCAAAUGCAGCAACAGAUGAUGAAGCAUGCUCAACAGCAGCAGCUAAUGCAAAGUGCCCAACCAAUAGAUGCUAACCUGGAUGAGGAAGAAGAAAUGGAAGAGGAGGAAGAAGAAGAGGAAGAGAUUGAAGAGGAGGAAAAUGUUAGUUUACAAAAUACUUUAAUGCCGGAACAAAUCAAUGAAGAACAGGAAGAAGAGGAACACGAAGAAGAGGAGGAGGAGGAGGAAGAAGAAGUUGAACAGUCUGAUUUCAAUCAACAACAAGACUAUGAAGAAUUAGAAAAUCAACAGACAUUGGGUAUUGAGGAGGAACAAGAAGACAUAGAGGAAGAGGAGGUUUUAGAAGAUGACGAACAACAGUAUAUGCAGCAAAAUUCUAUACAAAACUUUGAAAAUAAUCAACAACCGUCAUUUGAAAAUGAAUCUGAAUUUGAGGAGGAUAACUUGGAAGAUGAAGAAAUUAAUGAUGAUAUUGAAAUGUUAGAUGCCAAUAAUACUAUACCUUUAAAUCACAAUGUUAAUAACGGCUUUAUGUCCGAUAUAAAAGAUAUUGAAAUGUCUGAAUAUCCAUUUUUAGAAGGUGCCGAAUAUGAUGAUUACGAUGAUUAUGCUGCCGAGGAAGAAGUUGAAACUGAGGAAUAAUUUUAGGUUAAGUAAUUUACAGUUAUUAAAUUAAAAAUUUUAGAUUCCACUCUUCUAAAUAAAACUAUGAAGAAUAAAACAUUCGCUUCAAAGUUUUUUCUAAUAAUUUUAUAUAUGUUUCUCCUUUAAAAUACAAAUUAAGUUUUUCGAAAGAUUUUUAAUUAAAACUUUUUGAAACGCCAGUAAUUCGAAAAAAAACUAAUUUUACUUUUUCUGAAAAAGCAAAAUAUA